AAUAGAGAGAAUCGAAGAAGAAGAAGAAGAAGAAGAAGAAAAAGGAAGAAGAAAUGUUUGGCUUUCAGAGUCCGUUUACGAGAGCAUCUCGCGGGAUAAAUUCCACGUCGUCUUUAAAUUCAAAAACGAAGAAAAAUAAAGAAUCUCCGAAGAGAAGAGCUUCGGAAGCAACCAGUGAAGGAUCUGGAUCAUCGUCGAUCAGAUAUAUCGAUCAAGAGCCUUCGGUAUCGGAAGGUAGUAGUACCGAUACGUUACCAGGGAUUAGGGUCGAUUAUUUGGACGUUGAUCCUUUGUCACCUGGACCAAGAGAUUCAUUGACUUCACCUAGUGAUGUAACCGUACAUUUAAAUGGUAUCGACGUUCUGAAAGAUUCCUCUUCAGCUAGUUGUUCUUCACCGUCAUCCGGGAAUGGCAAUUUGACUGCCAAUAAUAUUAGUAAUAAUACGAAUAACACUGAAUUGUCAUCGUCGACAUCAAGGUCAACGUCCUCGUCGUCAUCCUUAUCACCGGGUGGUGUCGAAACGAGAAAUGAUCUUGUAACAACUAGAUUUUCUUCUACCGACGAUGGAAAGACCGAAACCGAAGAAGAAGGUGCUGCCGAAGGUGCUUCUUCCAGAGUAUCCCUUCUAUCUCCGAUAAACGUGACUAAUCGUUCUACGAGCGAUGAUUUACUUUCUAUUGAAAAUGAAUUCGACGCUAGCGAAGAGGAGGAAGAGGAGGAGGAAGAAGAAGAAGAUGACGAGUACGAGGAAGAAGAUAACGCUGAAACCGAAGAAGCUUCCUCGUUACCUUCCAGUCCCGCUGCUGCUUCGAAAGUUGUUUUAACAUCGUCGAGUACCGUUCCUUAUUACGAAUUUCUUUCUGUUAAUGGUUGUACGAUCAGGCAAGAAACAAGUAGUACCAGUUCGCCGCAACUUUCAACCGGAAUUGGUGUUCCCACAACGAGAUCGUCCAGUUGCGAAUCAGCUAGCAGUGAUAAUACCAGAGAUCCCUUCGACGAUAAUUCUUUAAGCGCCUGUUAUUCUAUGCUCGACGAUAAUUCUAUGGAGGUUGAUUCUAUAAUCAAUUCAUGUCCAGUUACUCUCAGUUUAACUCCACCCAAAGUACCUGCUGCUCGUUCUUGUAAUAUUUUAGAAAGACUUUUAGAAGAUAUUUAUACCAUCGGUACUCCUGAACCUCUAGCUGGAUACGGUCCUAGAUUUAAACUUUUGGAAGAAGGAGACGUUCAAGUUUAUUAUUUCGAUCAUGACGAUCGUACUCUGGUCAGGAAGAUCAUGUUUAUUAAAUUUUUACGACGUUGGGAAACUCAUCAUAUCUAUUUGAACGAUGAUUGCUUAUCCUCGAAAACGGCUACUGGUUUCUUACAACAACCAAUUCCAUAUAAUAGUUUUUAUGUUGAAAAAUAUGCCGUUGGUAGAUUGGGUACAACAUAUAAAAGUUGCUUAAGAAUAUAUCUACGUAAUGGUUCAUUGUUAUUGCAAGCGAAUGAUUCUUAUACGAGGGACCAGUGGUACCAUUCUAUAAAUUGGAAGAAAAGUCUUUUCCAAUUUAAACACAAAGCAUCAGUGAGCACAGAAAACAUUGUUCUACGUGAAUUACGUUUAAUGGUAGAAUUUGCAUUGUCGACACCACUUCAGGAUGAAAGAGUAGCUGGUGCAGCUAUGGAAGCCGUAGCAAAAUUAUUGGAGGCACCUUGGGGUUCUAGAUCAUUAAUAGAGCAAGAUGAUGAGGAAAAAGAGAAAAUAGAAGUAACAAAAGAAGAGGAAGGAAGUUGGGCUUUAUUCAUUUUACCGGUUGCUGCGCCACUCCUCGAAAAAGCUGCUCCACCUGCUGCAUUAGCUCGUGUAUUAGCUAGAUUAGUUCGGCAACAUCCUAAAUUUCAUUUAGUAAAGUACCUUGCUCCGGCUAUCACCAGGUGCCUCAAACAUACCGUUGAUUUUGGCAAAUCUCCAGAUAUGAGAAAACUCUUGCAAGUUUUUGUUGCUGCUCUGUAUGAAAGUAACGAUGGUAACGAUGGUGAAAGAGCGAUUAGAGAAUAUAUCGCUUCCGUUCAUGGACCUGGAAGUGAUUGUCCUCAUCCAAGAGUAUUACCAAACUUGGUCUCAGUUUGUGUUGCUGCUAUAUUUCAUAGGUUCGAAGAUAGUAAUUGUGGUGGUUCAAAUGGAAGCGAGAAUAAACCAUCGACAUUACCACCUCUUGAUUGUUAUCUUUUGGUUCUAAAUGUUGCCUCGGAGUAUGCUGACUGGAGACCAGGUUUAGCUGGUUUGUUACAACCCGUACCAUUUCCUGAAGAAGCUCUUACUGUUAAGGAAGUACAGAAAUCGAUUCUUGGUCGUGCAAUUCGACGUUUAGCCAAGGAUUCGAGAUGUACAGUUCAUCAAGUUCUCCUUCCAGUCAGAGAACCGCGUCCAGGUUGGCUUCACAUAGCUGCACCAUCUAGUCCGGCUUGUCCUGACCGUGGUGAACUAUUUGGUGAAAUGCUAACUACACUCCUGGCAUGUUGUUGUCGAAGAAAAAGAUUUGUUGGCUCGUUGAUGAAACAAGCUAAAGAUGAUUGUAUUCUCCUUGCUGUCAGAGAAUGCGGUGCUGCUCAAGAAGCACUUUGCCUCAUGCUCGAGUGGCGUCUACUGCCAAACGAAGAAGCUAGGCUUCAGAUAGUCAAUGCCCUCGAAUCCACUCCUUCUGGUAAAACCCGUUACGCUGCCCUCUGUCAGAGACAAAGAAAUUUACAAGAAUUGCAACAGAAAGGUGGUCCAAGAAAAUUGACACUUCCAGUACGAGCAACAGAUGCCGAUGUUGCUCUCCUACUUGGUGGACGUGCUUUAGGUAAUUUAGAGUGUCUCAGUUUAGCCUUCACAUCUGUUACAUCUGCCUGUGCCGAACAGUUGAUUAAAUUACCAGCGUUGAGGUAUUUAAACCUCUGGGCUACUCAAUUUGGAGAUGCUGGCUUGCAAAUGAUCAGCGAACAUUUGCAAAAAUUGCAGGUAUUAAAUCUCUGUGAAACACCAGUUUCGGAUAAAGGCAUCUCGACUUUAGCUUCUCUGACAAAUUUAAGAAAGUUGAAUUUGAAUAGUACUAAACUCUCGGCUCAGACUUUCGAAUCAUUGAAGAAAAGAUUACCGGCAUUGCAAGAAUAUGAUGUUCGUUAUACAGAAGCUUGGUGACCAGAACCUAUAUCGAGUCGGAAUCAUUAAAAGACAUCAGUUUCUUCAGGAUGAAGAAACAUCGUAAAAAAUGUUAAACACGUUAGUUCGACGAAUAGAAAAGUUUUCAUUUUCACUGAGAGAUUAAUCGAUAAAAUUCGCAUUUCUAUCUUUAUCUAUCUAUCUUUCUCUAUCUCUCGACGUUCGAAAUCGUCUUAUUUCCAACUUUUGCAUUCAUUCGUUAUAUUCCCCCUUUUUUAAAAAGUCUAACAUAUAAUAUUAUAUAUUCUCUUGAUCGAUAAAAUCGAUCUUGAAGAUCUUUCUUUCAUUUAUCAAAGAUAAAAAUAUACACGAAUAUGAAAUAAUUGUUGUUGUUAAAAGAAGCCAUUUAAAAAGGGGGUCACUUCUCUCUGUGGCUUUUAAAUCUUACAUAUCACAGCUGCCGUUUCCAUGUUAUUAAAUGCCAAAAAGAGAGAAAAAAAAAC